GGUGGCGGCGGCUGCUGUUGUCACCCACCCGGCCGCCUGUCCCGCUUGCCCUCACCGCCGAGGGCUGGCCAGGCCAGCCGGGCCCGGGACAGGCGGCCGCCACCUCGUCACCGCCACCGCCGCCACCAUCAUCGCCAUGCUGGCCGCUCGCCCACCGCACUGGGGGCCCCACCGCACUGCUCCAGCCCCCCGUGGGCCCAGCGCCAGCCCUGACCCGGGUCUCAGCGGCGGUGGCAGCCGAGGUGCAGGAUGCGAGAAGGCGCCCCCAGGCCGGGCUCCCGCUCCAGGCCUCACACCCCUGCGGCCCUCUGAGCCCACCAUGGCCGUCCCACCAGGCCAUGGUCCCUUCUCUGGCUUUCCAGGGCCCCAGGAACACACACAGGUACUGCCUGAUGUGCGGCUACUGCCUCGGAGACUGCCCCUGGCCUUCCGGGACGCCACCUCAGCCCCACUGCGCAAGCUCUCGGUGGACCUCAUCAAGACCUACAAGCACAUCAAUGAGGUAUACUAUGCGAAGAAGAAGCGGCGGGCCCAACAGGCGCCACCCCAGGACCCGAGCACCAAAAAGGAGAAGAAGGUCCUGAACCACGGCUAUGACGACGACAACCACGACUACAUUGUGCGCAGUGGCGAGCGCUGGCUGGAGCGCUACGAGAUCGACUCUCUCAUUGGCAAAGGCUCCUUUGGCCAGGUGGUAAAAGCGUAUGAUCACCAGACCCAGGAGCUGGUGGCCAUCAAAAUCAUCAAGAACAAGAAGGCCUUCCUGAACCAGGCGCAGAUCGAGCUGCGGCUGCUGGAGCUCAUGAACCAGCACGACACGGAGAUGAAGUACUACAUAGUGCACCUGAAGCGACACUUCAUGUUCCGGAAUCACCUGUGCCUGGUGUUUGAGCUGCUGUCCUACAACCUGUAUGACCUCCUGCGCAACACACACUUCCGAGGGGUCUCGCUGAACCUGACGCGGAAGCUGGCGCAGCAGCUCUGCACAGCGUUGCUCUUUCUGGCCACACCUGAGCUCAGCAUCAUCCACUGUGACCUCAAGCCUGAGAACAUCCUGCUCUGCAAUCCUAAGCGCAGCGCCAUCAAGAUCGUGGACUUUGGCAGCUCCUGCCAGCUUGGCCAGCGGAUCUACCAGUACAUCCAGAGCCGCUUCUACCGCUCCCCCGAGGUGCUCCUGGGCACCCCCUACGACCUGGCCAUCGACAUGUGGUCCCUGGGCUGCAUCCUUGUGGAGAUGCACACAGGAGAGCCCCUCUUCAGUGGCUCCAAUGAGGUGGACCAGAUGAGCCGCAUUGUGGAGGUGUUGGGCAUCCCGCCCGCGCCCAUGCUGGAGCAAGCACCCAAGGCUCGAAAGUACUUUGAGCGGCUGCCUGGGGGUGGCUGGACCCUACGAAGGACAAAGGAACUCAGGAAGGAUUACCAGGGCCCCGGGACACGGCGGCUGCAGGAGGUGCUGGGCGUGCAGACGGGCGGGCCCGGGGGCCGGCGGGCGGGGGAGCCGGGCCACAGCCCCGCCGACUACCUCCGCUUCCAGGACCUGGUGCUGCGCAUGCUGGAGUAUGAGCCCGCCGCCCGCAUCAGCCCGCUGGGCGCUCUGCAGCAUGGCUUCUUCCGCCGCACGGCCGACGAGGCCACCAACACAGGCCCGGCAGGGAGCAGUGCCUCCACCUCGCCGGCGCCCCUCGACACCUGCCCCUCCUCUAGCACCGCCAGCUCCAUCUCCAGCUCUGGAGGCUCCAGUGGCUCCUCCAGUGACAACAGGGCCUACCGCUACAGCAACCGAUAUUGUGGGGGCCCCGGGCCCCCUAUCGCCGACUGUGAGAUGAACAGCCCCCAGGUCCUACCCUCCCAGCCGCUGCGCCCCUGGGCGGGGGGUGAUGUGCCCCACAAGACACAUCAAGCCCCUGCCUCUGCCUCGACAUUGCCGGGGACUGGGUCCCAAUUACCCCCCCAACCCCGAUGCCUUGGACGACCCCCAUCACCAACGUCACCACCCCCCCCAGAGCUGAUGGAUGUGAGCCUGGUGGGCAGCCCUCCAGACUGCUCCCCACCUCAUCCAGCACCUGCCCCCCAGCACCCAGCUGCCUCAGCCCUCCGGACUCGGAUGACGGGAGGCCGACCACCUCUCCCACCCCCUGACGACCCUGCUACUUUGGGGCCUCGCCUGGGCCUCCAUGGUGUACCCCAGAGCACAGCAGCCAGCUCAUGACCCUGCCCCCUCCCUGGGGCCCCUCCUGAAGCCAUACCCCACCCCCAUCCGGGGGCCCUGGGCUCCCAUCCUCAUCUCUCCCCUUGACUGGACUUGCUGCUACCCAGCUGGGGUGGGUGAGGCCUGCACUGACUGGGGCCCAGGGCAGGGGGUCAAGGGAGAGGGGUUUGGCCGCACCCUUCCCACUAAGCCUGGACCCUUGGCUCCCCCCACCCCCUUGUUUUCUAUUUAUUGUACCAAAGACAGUGGUGGUCCGCUAGAGGGGAGAUUCCCCCUUACCCCAGGGCCCUCGGAGGGGGUGGGGGCAGGUAGGGGGAGAUGGCCUUGCUCCUCCUCGCUGUACCCCCAGUAAAAAGCUUUCUCACA